UUCUUUUUUAGUUUGAACAUUCAAGAUUUUUACAUAGCACAAUUCAGCUUUAAAUUCUUCAUUUACAGGAUGUCUGAUAGUGAUGAGUAUCAAAAGCAAUUAGACAGGCUAUCCAAACUUGAAGAAGAUGUCAAUGGGGCAGAAGAUGAAAGUUCAAUUGUACCUAAUGGUAGUCUUAAGUUAAUCAAAACUGAAGAAGUGUCACAGGAAAAUGUAUCUCCACCGAAAUCUGAUGAGGAGACUACCUCAUUAUCACAAUCUGAUCAGGAGAGCACUACACUACCACCAUUAAAGCAGGAUACAGAUGAUAAAGACACAGACAUUAAAGACGCAGAGGUUAAAGACACAGACUCUAAAGAUGCAGAGGUUAAAGACACAGACUCUAAAGACACAGACUCUAAAGACACAGACACCAAAGAGACAGAUCCAGUUUCUAAGCAGAAUGACUCACCUGCAUCUGAUGAUACGGACAGUGACAGCUCUACAUACUAUAAGAAAAAGAAUGGUUUCUACAAUAAAAGAGUAACUAGGAAUGCUACAGGAUCUCUGCCCAAAGAGACAAAAACAUUGUUAAUGGAGACAACUGAAGUAUUUAAUCCUUCUAAAAGCAAGAAGCGACCAAAUGCCCGCCCUGGAUUUUAUAAUGUUCUUGCUCCAGAGUGUACUUCAUGUGGCAGUGAUGUUAUUCUUAGACCAUUUCAAAGACGUAUGUUGGUUCAUCCUUACUUGAAAACUGCUGUUUGCAGGCAGUGUCAUGAGUUUUAUCAUUCUGAUACAUUUGGAAUAGAUGAGGAAGGCUCUCAGAUAUAUUGCAUCUGGUGUGGUGAAGGGGGUGAACUUAUAUAUUGUGACAAAUGUGAGAAAGCAUUUUGUACAGACUGCAUUAAACGUAACUUUGGAAAGAAAGUCAAAGAAGAAAUCUUGGCUAAGAGUAAGUGGGAAUGUUUAGUUUGCAUACCUGAGAUGACAGAAGACUUACGAAAAGUUUCUCAAAUGAUUGUAAAGUAUCAAAAUUUAUGCAUAAAGGAUCCAUAUUUGAUUGAAAAGUUUGAGCAUGAAGUAACUAAAGCAGAACUUCAAAAAGAAGAUUAUCAAGGUUUAGUGUCCACCAGAAUAAGGGAGAGAAAUACUGCUAAGCUGCUGUCCUCAUCUCAACAAAAAGAAGAAUCCCAGCUUGAGUCGGAAGAUGGUGAGCAGUCAGAAGAUGAGGAAUCUGAUAACAAGGGCGAAGAUGGUGACAAAGCAUCAUCAGGCUCUGAGUAUUCAGCUAGUAAGAAAGCAGACAGUAAACCAAAGCAAAAGCGUUCUUCUAAAGAAAGAGUAAAUGGUAAUAGUAAAGAGUCAGAUUCUGAUGAUUCAAGUGACAUAGAUGAUGCAGCAUUUUUGAAGUGCAUCCGUAAAAAGGCCAAAGAUCGCCAAGAUAAUAAUACUGGUCAUUCAAAAAAAUCUGAAGAUAAACCAGCAUCACUUAAAGAGACAGAGAUAAAGAAAACAAACAAGAAUGAAGAUACCAGCUCAGAUGAUUCACUAUUUGAUACAGGCAAUUCUAAAAUCAAAGCAAAACACAUUCGCAAACAACUUGAUUCAUCAGAUGGUGAUGAUGAAGAACCAUCUGAUGACAAUGAUGAACUAGUGCAGAAAUAUCGAAACAAGUUAUCGAAAUACAAGGAACCUUCUGACAAGGAAAGUGUACAUUCAAACUACAGUGAAGUGAGUUCCGAUGAAAGCUCUGAAGCAAAAUCAAACUCAGAAAGCUCUGACAGUUCCAAAGAAGGUGAAUCAGGAUCAGAGGUUGAGGACAAAAAAGAUAAGGGUAAAGAUGAUGAAAAUCAAGAAAAUGACAAGAAAGGAAAAAGUAAGGUCAAAAAGAAGAAAGCAGCUAAAAGCGGGGACGAAAAUUCUGAAGGAGAUGACAAAAAACGUAAAAAGAAAGGAAAGAGGAAGCGUAAGAAAAAGGAGUCUUCUGAAUCAGAGACUGAUGAUGAUGAUGAUGAUGAUGAUGAGGAUGAAAAUGGAAAAAAAUCCAAGAGCAAAAGAGGUAAGCGCAAAAAGAUUAGAAAGAUCAUGGGUCAAAACCAACUUCAGAAAGAAACAGUAGCUGCACAGGAAGCUGAAGAUAAAAGGAGGAGUCACCUGAAAGAAAAGUCACUGCCAAGUCAACAAGGAAAAAUUCUCAAUUUCAUUCUUGAAGACCUCCGCAAAGAAAAGUACAGGGGAAAGCCUCCCACCAUAGACGAUGAGGAGAAGGGAAAGGUCAUCGAGGUACAUAAGCAUUUAAAAAAACGAUUAAAACCUCACCAGCUUGAUGGAAUACAGUUUAUGUACGAUUGCUGCAUAGAGUCUGUAGAGAAAUGUAAAAAUGGCAGCCCUGGGUCAGGUGCUAUUUUAGCUCAUUGCAUGGGUUUAGGAAAAACAUUCCAAGUAAUCACAUUUCUAACCACAGUCUUGAACUAUCAUUACAUAUUUGGAUUCAAGCGAGCCCUUGUCGUAUGCCCUUUGAACACCAUUCUAAACUGGAAAGCAGAGUUUGAUAAGUGGGUGAAAGAUAUAGAUGAUGCACCUGAAGUAAGUGUGCUGACUGAUAGUAUUCAUAACAACGACAAGAGAGCUGAAAUAGUUGAGAAUUGGUUUGAGACAUCUGGUGUUCUUAUUAUGGGAUACUCUCUCUUCAGAUUAUUGUCUACAGGAAGCAACAUAAGGAAGAAGCAUCUGAAAGAAAGGUUUAUGAAGUAUUUGGUUGAUCCUGGGCCAGAUAUCGUUAUAUGUGAUGAAGGUCAUGUCAUCAAGAACGAAAAGACUGGUAUUUCCAAGUCCUUGAAUUCUCUUAAAACAAAACGUCGAGUCAUUCUCACUGGAACUCCUCUUCAGAAUAACCUUGUCGAGUACCACUGUAUGGUAAGUUUUGUUAAACCCAAUCUAUUAGGUACAACAAAGGAGUUUAAGAACAUGUACGAAAAUCCAAUCAACAAUGGCCAGUGUGCUGAUGCCACAGAUUUUGACAUGAAGUUGAUGAAAGAAAGAUCUCACAUUCUAUAUGAACAAUUAUCGGCUUGUGUCCAGCGAAGGGAUUACCAUGUAUUGAAGGCAUUCCUCCCCUUAAAGUUUGAGUAUGUUCUUUCAAUUAAACUGUCUGACCUUCAAGUUAAGUUAUAUACGAAAUACCUUGACAAGGCUAAGGCUUCAGGUGGAAUGAUGUCAAAGCUGUUUGAGUGUUAUCAGACUUUGAAGAAAGUUUGGACUCAUCCUUGGCUCCUUGAGAUAGAUGCUCUGAAAAACGAGAAGGACAGCAUAGAGGACUUUAUAACCGACAAGGAGACAUCAGAGGAAAGUUGGGAAGCCAGUAGUGAUGAUUCUGAUUUUCGUCCAAACAAGAAAAAGAAAAAUAACAAGAAUGGCGAUGAUGAGGAAGAAGGUAAAAAGGACCCAGAAAAGCAAAAAGAAGCUAAACCAGAAAAUAUGACAGGUGCUCCAGACCCAACAAUGGUAUCAGCCAUUGCAGACACAAUCAUACCAAAUUCUGGUGGAGUCGACUACAACUGGUUCAAAGGAGAGAUGACCGACAAAGAUGAGAAAAUGUUGGAACAUAGUGGAAAGUUGUUGGUCACUCUGGAAAUACUGGACAAAGCUUCUCAGAAAGGAGACAAAGUCUUACUUUUCAGUCAGAGUCUUCUAGCACUAGAUUUUCUUGAAACCUCUAUAAAUAGAGUGGGAUGGUUGAAGGGGAGAGAUUACUUCCGGAUGGAUGGCUCCACAAAGACUGCCCACCGUCAAUCUUUUCAGAAACAGUUCAAUGACAAGUCAAACAAACGAUGCAGAUUAUUCCUUAUCUCCACUAAGGCUGGAGGAUUGGGUAUCAACCUCGUCUCAGCUAACAGAAUUAUUCUGUUUGACAUGUCUUGGAACCCGAGUGACGACACUCAGUCACUGUUCAGAGCCUACAGAUACGGACAACAGAAGAAUGUUUAUGUCUACAGAUUGGUUGCCAGAGGUACAAUGGAAGAGAAGAUAUACGAUAGGCAGGUAUACAAGGAGUCUCUAUCAAGUAGAGUGGUGGACGAGAAGCAGAUUACUCGUUACUUCUCUGCUAAUGAUCUACAGACCUUGUUCGCUUUCGACCCCUCAGCCCAGACGUGUACUACAUCAGUAUUAGCCAAUCACAAUCCGCCAGCUGACGAUGUGUUAGCGUCCAUCUUGGUUGACUUGGACCCUCCACUUGUCCUGGAAUAUCACGAGCACGACUCACUGCUUGAGCAUAGGCCAGAACAGCAGCUGACAGAUGAGGAACGCAAGGCAGCUUGGGCCAACUUCAAGAUGGACAAAGAGCGCAGGAAUGUGGUGAAUGCCCCAACAGGCCAGCAAAGUGUGUUCCAACGUUUAGCAGCCCACACACAAGCCUACUCUGGCCCAAUCAUCACACCCAUUUACUCCAACCAGCAGGAACUGAUCCUGGGAGGGUUCACUAACGAGCAGAUCGUUUCUAUCCAGCAUCAACUGGAACCUGUAGUCCAAUCUGGCAGAUUGCAUGUUAAAGCACUGGGAGGAGGUCAGCUCCAUAUAGAGGGACUAGGACCUGAACAACAACAAGUCUUCAUCAACUCUAUCAAAGAACAGCAAGCUCAGCAGAUACAUGCUGCCCAAAUGGCCAGGGUGCUUCCUCAGCAACAUCUUAUCAAUCAGCUCGCACCAGCAGAGAGGGCACUAUUCCAGCAGCGCUUAGCACUCCUAGUCCAACAACAGCAACAAGCGCAACAGUUAGCGCAGCACCAACAAGCUGCUGCAGUGCAACAGCCCUCGGUGCCACAACCACAAGCACCCAAACCAUUGACUAUAAACUCUGCUAAUAGCAGUGCUGCCCCGAUACCUGUACCAGAUUCCCCAGCCAGGUAGUAUUUCUUCACCAGAUAUCUCCGUAUUUUAUUUGUAAUAUUCUCUGGAGUGAUUCUUGUAUUUACAAUUUUCGAUGUGAGAUAGAUCGAAGAGGUAUUUAAUGAUCAGCAAGAAAAAUUUCACGCUUGCUUUUAUUGAGGAAAUAAACUUGUCACCCAAAAUUCAUCCCAAGUUCAACCACCAUCACGAAUUUUAGAGUCUCUCGGUCUUUUUACUAUAUUUUUGUUUCAGACAAGUUUUAAAAUGCUUUCCAGGGCUGGGACUUUGUGACAUAGAAUCUCAUUCAGCUGAAAUAUUUAAAGUUAAAAUCGUUUUUAAUAAAAAUUUUAUGGCCGAAUGACAUGUUGCGUUUGUAUUUGGAAAUUGUUUUAAUGUCUUUAUUUAUUGUAAUGCUUAUAUUCAUUACAUUGAUGUCAUCAUUUUCAAAGGCUGUCUUAUAA